AGGUGCAAAGAGCCGUCCAGCGCCCGAGCGGCGCAGAAGACCGACGUCAGCGGCGGCAACGCGGUACUGCGGAUCCGCGUGGACAGGCUCGAGGAGGGCCGCCUGGGCAUCACCCUGGACGAGCACCUCGUGCUGACGGGCGUCGACAGGCCCGACGCGAGGGCGCUCGGGUGGCGGGUGGGCGACGUGAUACUGAAGGCGAACGGCGAGAGGGUGCGGAACAGGGACGAGCUCCGCCGGCUGAUGCAGAACACGGUCCCGCCACUGUUCUUCGAGGUAGUGCGCCUGGCCGGUUCCACCGCCGCCGGAGUAGGAGCCCCUGCCGCCCAAGGCCGCUCGGGCGGCGGCCUCCCCGGCGCCCCGCGGGAGAGCCCCGCUGCCGCCCGGCCGCCGCCCCCGAUCCGGGCGCUGGCGGACCCGCCGCGCCGUGGAGCAGGAUACCCGAGCACAUCAGCUCCACAGAAGAGCGCCGCUCGCUUCGAUCUCCAAGGGGACGGUAUGCCCAACGCUGCACAAUCUGGGGGCGAGAUCGAGUCCUGGUUUGCGUUUGUUGGGGCGAAGAUCUUGGUUGUGAGCGACAACGGGCAUACGCUGCCUUGUACAGUCAUCGAGGUGGAUCAGACCAGAGUGAAAGUGCACGACGAUUCAGGUGAAUUGAAAGAUCAAUGGUUGCCGAAGCUAUCACCGCAUAUUCAUCCCGAUAUCCACCACGACCAUGUUGAUUACGACGUUGAUGAACCGUUCGACUUCGUUGGUGCAAAAGUCUUAGUGAUGAGUGGGAAAGGGCAUCCGUUGCCUUGUACAGUUGUCGAGGUUGAUGCGGAGAGAGUGAAAGUGCGCGACAACGCGCACGAGUUUGACGACGAAUGGUUGCCAAAGAAUUCCACUCACAUCAAUCCUAAAGGGGGCGGUAUUUUACAUGAUGGGGACGACAUCGACGAGUGGCUGGCCUUUGUCGGUGCUAAAAUCUUGGUCAUGGGCCACAACGGGCAUACGCUGCCCUGCACUGUCAUCGAGGUCGAGGAGGAUAGAGUGAAGGUGCACGAUGAAUCUGGCGAGUUGAAAGAUAAAUGGUUGCCGAAGCACUCACCGCACAUCCAUCCUGAUACACAUGAUGUCCCAGGAGAUAGUGAGUAUGUCGUUGACGAUCCAUUUUGCUUCGUCGGUGCGAAAGUUUUAGUCAUGAGCGGGAAAGGACACCCUCUACCUUGCACUGUCGUCGAGGUCGAUGAGGACAGAGUGAAAGUACGCGAUAAUGCGCACGAGUUCGAAGACGAAUGGCUGCCGAAGAAUUCCACCCACAUCAAUCCCAAAGAUGGCGGCGUCUUACAAAAUGGGGACGACAUCGACGAGUGGUUGGCCUUUGUCGGUGCUAAGAUCUUGGUCAUGGGCGAUAACGGGCACACGCUGCCAUGCACUGUCAUCGAGGUCGAGGAGGAUAGAGUGAAAGUGCACGAUGAAUCUGGUGAGUUGAACGACAAAUGGUUGCCGAAGCAUUCACCGCACAUCCAUCCUGAAGUUGCCAAUGUUCCACAACUGGACGGUGCAGUGGGGGGCGGAACUGGAGCUACAUAGUUGCUCGGUAGUACAGACUUCCCGGCUUUCCCGGCGCUUGCGCCGCUGGAAAAAGAUAGUUAUACAGUGCAUAACGUCGUCACCCAGCAGUAUUUUCGUUUUUGUUGUCA